CUCAUCCCCACACUACUUGGUCAUUCCCAGCAUCCAUCGCACCGCCGAGAGUCUUGACCACACCCCGGAGUAGUUGUCGUUGUACCAAUGGCGUCCAGAACUAGCGCCAUGGGCUUUACGACAUGUCUCCUGUUCCUUCUUCAGGCGCUUGCCCCGUCGUAUGCCUACAUUCCCGCGAAGGCUACGAACGAUACAAGUGUUGCAACUACAAAUGUAUCUACGUUGUUUUUGCAGUGGUUUGGAAACGGAGAGGAUCAACAUGAUGUCUCAUAUCAGCUUGUGGGAUCAGGGAGUAAUGGUAUCAGCAAGGGAGCUCUUGUCCAUUUCUCUGAGGAUGUAGUCACAAAUGACACGACCAAUACCCCGUGGAUCGCCCUGGUUCAAUGCGACGCAAACGCAACUCAAGCCUCUCAGGAAGACGACAUCUUCACGCUAGCGAGAGAUCGAGGGGCUGUUGGAGCUCUACUGUUCUCCGAGUGGUCAGAGGCUUGCAGCAUCAACGCAGAAUAUGCCGACCCUGCCAAUUUCGACCAAGUGAUGGACAUAUUCUCAACUCAGUCUCUGUCGUCUUGGAGAACGAUUGAAGGCACAUUCGAAGCUAUCAAUGCCACUGAGUUCGGGAUCUACAACGCACAGAGGCUGAACGACUCGCGAACCCAGAUCGGUGCGGACAUCACCGCGGGAUUCGUUACUUCGCCGGGAUACAUCAUGGGGACACUCGCUGCAUAUAAUGCUACGGGCGAUCCAGGUAUUGAGGUGAAUGGGACGUCAACGCAGAAUACGAACAACAGCAGUAGCGGCAGUGGAUCGAGUAGGACGACCACGGCGAUGAUUAUCCUGUAUGCUAUCACGGGAUUCGUCUCCGCCAUGUUCUGUGCGGUCAUCAUUACUGGGGCUGUCCGCGCAAUUCGCCACCCCGAGCGUUACAGAAUGGCGACUGCGGACGUCACAGGUGGACCAGGGUACAGUGGACAGGGUCGUGGUGGCGCCCUCACUCGCGCGAUCUUGGAUACGUUCCCUGUCGUCAAAUGGGGCCGGACGCCACAUGACAGCGAAGCUCGACCACCAAAGGAUAUAGAAUCUGGCGUGGAUAGCAAGCAUGACCUUGAGAUGCUGGAACUGGAUGAUAGAGGGUCUGUCAUCUCGAAGGAAGGGGAGGAGGUCGUCCACCAUGACGCACAUUCUCAACCUGCUGAAGGAUCGGAGUCACUCUCGAACGACGAGCAUACUGCUAUCGCCACGGGCGCCAUCCUGCACGACGAUACAGAACGCUCGGCUGACGAAGAAGCAACGGACGGUGCUGCAUCCUCCGCGAUACCUGCUGCUCGUCCUCGUCCACGAAUCUCUACAAGAGACGCUGCACACGCCCAGUCUCAAGCCACUUCUGGUUCCUCAAGGCAAGCCUCUACAGUAGACCCAGUCAUGCCAGCCGCAAUCGGCAACGAAACUUGCCCCAUUUGCAUUGUCGAUUUCGAAGAAGGCGAUGAUCUGAGGGUGCUGCCCUGUGAAGGGAAGCACAAGUUCCACCAGGCGUGUGUCGACCCGUGGUUGCUUGAGCUCUCGACUUCGUGUCCGAUUUGUCGACAUGACUUCCAAACAUUGAUGACGAUGCUCUCCGGCGAUGAAGACGCGCCCCUUGAACCUCCGUCAACGAUGCAUUACCGAGACAGCGCACCAGUAAUCAUACCACGCUCGCCCAUGUCAGCAUCAGCAUCCCUACCCCACACACCAUCUCACCCGAACUCGCCGAACCGAUUCUCGAAAUACCUGAAACUUGCACGCAGACGGCACAGGAGGAAUGCGGCGGCGAACGCCAAUGCUGCUGCACCACCAGUACCAACACGGCCGCAGAACUCCAACUCGCGGGACAGUUCAGCGGGUGGUGCGAUGGCCGCGGACCCACUGCCCAUUAUGCCUGAGCUGGCGCUGUGAUAUUGUGGUUAUUUUGCUUCCAGGCUUCUUUACUUAUCUAACGAUUCCCCAUGCUUUCCCUUUUGCUGUGCUCUCUUCACCGUGUAGGUUCUGAGUGGCGCGUUGGCGUGGCGUGUAUCAACAUGUUAUUGACCUGUAUUGUGUUUUUCUGCGAGCUGGCUGUUGACUGAUUAUCGGACAAUGUCUGUCGGCGAAGGCUUUCGAUAUACGUUUUUGCUUCUGGUGUUUCUGUAGUAUAACUGUAACAUUAUGAUUCAUCCACUACCGGGUUCUGACC